AUGGCCGGGGAGCGAGGUGAGGUAAGCGGCUACCUCAUGGAUCCGUGUCUUUAUAACAGUCUUCCUUCCCUACCUCCACCGGAAAGUCGCGAUCUUGGAUCGCCGUGGUCGCCCUCCGCCCACGCGCCCUACUCUCCGUCCAACGUGCUGUCGACGCCGGAUGUGCUGCCUGCCGAUCCCGCCCACGCCGCUGACAGCGUUUACCCUUCCUCCUCCGAGCUCCUUCUGUUGUACGAUGAGCACGAUGUUACUUCUUCUACUUCAGAGUCGCCGGGAGUCGAUGGGAAUGAACCGUUAGCCCGAGAGCCGCUGCGCCUGGUGCGCCGCGAUGUUGAUGCCCAAAUCGCCGUUCCAUCGCCUUCUCAGCCUUCCCUGAGAGCUGGGCAUGAUCGAGUUGAGACGGCCUACGCCCAUGUUCGCCUGAGCGAGCUCACUGCUCGUGGCAACACGCUCUCUGCUCAGCAUCAGCUCCUCCAACACCCAGAGUACCGUUUCCAGAGGUUGCUAGAAUUGCUGCGAAUUCGUAGGUCGAUCACCACCGAAGCGCAGGGGCUCGAUGCUGUUCCCAAUCCCUUGACAAACCCUGAAAGGUUGAUGCAUGACAUUAUGCAAUCUCAUAGGGCAAUGGAGGAUGCCAAGAAGGCCACCGAAAGCGAGAAGUCAGGAGAUGUGGAGAACAAAAAAGAUGAUAGUUCCGCAGCUAAUUUCGAGUGCAACAUUUGUUAUGAGCUCGCCAAGGCACCAGUGGUUACUCCUUGUGAGUUGAAGAAGUUAACUCCUAUUUAUGGUCGCGGAGGGGACGAAACGAAAGAUCUUAAGCAAGACAACGGCGAUGAGGAAUCAGGUUUGAAGAUUCCUCCUCGGCCCUCAGCUAACAGAAUUGAAAAUUUGAGGCCACAAUUGCGGCAGAGACUGGAAGAAGGAAUAGCAAACUCAUGGAGGAAUUCUAUGAAUGAAGACACACAUGAUGAGCACAGAACAGGACCUCGCUCGUCUAGGAGGCAGGAAAGGUCUAGUGCUGCACGAACUGCGGUGAGGAGAAGGCCGGUUCGAAGAAUGCAACGGGAGGAGGGGAGGGGUUCAAACUCUACUGGAAUCGGCUUGCAUGGGGAUGAGUCAUUGAGCUACCCAAUUAUUCCACCUCUGGUCUUCCAUGGCGGAGUUGUUCCAUUUCAACAAGCUGGACUAUCAUCGUUGUCUAAUAGUCUUGAGCCUUUACUACAACAUAGGGAUAGUGCUGGGUCAGUAGUUGCCGCAGACCAAGCAUCGGCUUCGAGAGGGAACCCUCCAGACUUGGCUUUUUCCAAUGUAGGUGGAAGUCGUCGUACCCGUGCUAGAAGGAUGCACUAA